CACACUGACAACUUGUAAACAAUAUGGCGGCGAAAAUGGUCCUAAUCUAUCACAAUAUAUUUAAUUUAUAGUUUUAUUCAUUUUUCAUACCGUGAUGGGUGCCAGUUGUAGUUCAGACCAGACAUCAGGGUCUUCAGGAGGAAUUGGUGAUGUUCCAAAGUUGAAAAUUGCUGUAGUUGGAGAUAGACAGGUGGGGAAGUCCUGUGUUGUUUCAAGAUACAUGAAGAACCAGUUUAGUCCAAUGUACAUACCUACAAAGAAACCUGUUAUUGAGAGUUCUGUUCGUAAGAUAAACAUCCCCGGCCAUGCAGUGGUAGCAUUAACAGUAUGGGACAUCCCAGGACAGGAAGACAUAGACCUGUAUAGUACAUACUUCAAAAACUUAGAUGCUGCUGUGGUGAUUGUUGAUAUCAAUGAUCCUGAAAGUAUUGAGAUGGCCCCUGUAUGGAAGAGGAUUGUUGUCAACAAUACUUUUGAAACAUCCCCUGUUGUUGAAAGCUCAGAAGGAGGCAAAAUUGAAACCACUACUAUGGAGAAAAAACCAGUUGAUCCAGAAACAUUUCCUGUGCUGUUGCUUGGCAACAAAUUUGAUCUGGUUGAGGAAGAUGGUUAUAAGGAGAAACUAAGACAAAUGAAAGCUAGUGAAAAAGACGAGUCAGGAGCCAAAACAAUCUGGAAUAUAACCGAGGAAGACAAGCCUGAAUGUGUUAGACUUAUGGACAAAAUAAAACUAAAGGCUAACUUUUAUGGAAGUGUAACUGCCUCAGCCAGGGAUUCUGAUGGGACUGUAGCAGAAGGAAUUCAGUUCUUACUCAGACAUGUAUUACAGACAAAGUAUGGCCUUAAUAAAUGGAAACCUAAAGAAACAAAGAAGGUCAAGGCUAAAAAUAAGAUUGAGGAGUAUGAUGGACUUGACAUGACAGAAAUAGAAAUCUUUGAUAGCAUAUUUAAAGUAGCUGAAAUCUCAGUAAAGAAAGUGAAAAUGUUAACAGACUAUCACAACAAAUGUUUGGGGAAAUUGAGGGAAUCUUGUACCAAUGCUGGAAUACUAGGAGAAGAUGAUGCUGCCAGUUUGGAGGAUUGUAUGAUAGCACUGAGGAGGAACAUUGGGGAACAGGCCAAAUUAAAGGUUAAAAAAGAUGAUGAUUUUUGUAAGUUGGAUGUUACUUCCAAGGAUCCAGACUUUAAACCAGAGAGAUACAUCAGAAUACUAUUGAAAAUUUACCAGAAUGAGUUUGCAGUUGUAUGUAAAGCUAUUCUGAAAGAAUGUCCUGCAAUGAUUUCCAAAUUGAAGGAUCAAGAUGCAGAGUUGUCUACCCUUUGUGAAUCGUCCUGGGAAGAGGUAGAGUUGUCCAAUGGUAUACCCAGGCCAAAGGAUGAAGUCAAUAAGAUAUCAGAUAUAAUUGUACAGAACAGGGCAAGAAUGCAACAUACCAAAUUAGAAUCAGCAAAACUAAUUGAUAAGGUUGAAGAUUACAAGAAGAAGAUUAAAGCAGCAUUUCUUUGGUGAAGCAAUUAUUAACUGAAAGCAGUUCUGUGAUCAAAAAGUUUUUUGUUUACCUGCAAUAUUAAGACUUUUUAAUGUAUUUACAUGUUAUUUAUAACAGGUAUGUUAUAAGACUGCAUUUUCUUGUAUUUUUUAAUAUCAUAUUUUUUACCCUUAAUUUCUACCUUUAAAACUCCAAAUAGGAAAUUUAAACUUUGGAGAAGAAAAUUUAGAAGAUUUCUUUUUUAUGACUUUCUUUAAAGAUACAAAAAUAAUAUAACACUACACAAAAAAAUAAUGAUCUCCAAGAAAAAUUAUUAAACAGAAAAUAUCUUAUCAAAUGAUAAAAGUCCAAAGUGCUUUUCUGCAUGUUAAAUGUUUAGAAAAAGGUAAUAUUUUUAUAUCUUAUUCUAGUAAUGCUUAUCAAAACAGAAAGGUUGUAGAUAUUUUUCAUUUUGUUUUUGUUUAGAUUGACAGAAUAAUAAAAGUAUUUUUGUAUUAUUUACAUGUAAAGGUAUAAUUCUGGCUCCAUCGUAAAGAACAUACAAGAAAGUAGUGCAUAUUUUGAACAAAAUAGUUCCUAUGCGCAUAGCUUUAUCUUUGUCAAUAGCAGGUAUUUUUUAGUAGUUUUGGUAUGAAAUGAAAGCUUGAGGACUUGGGAUCACUGUAGAACCCUUGUUGAAAGAUAUAAUUGAAUAAUUAAGAAGUAUAUGAAAUUUUGAUAGGAGGGCACACUCUGCCUGUUGUUCAGAUCAGCAGUUCCUGGUUUUGUAUUAUGAUCAAACUUCAGGGAACCAGUGCGCUCUAAUAUGUAAUUAAAGAUAUGUUGAUUUUUUCAGCACAAGUGAGGAUAAAGUACAGUUUUGACAUGAAAAAAUGUCACUUUAUUUGAACUUUAGACAAAUUAGCCAUUAAUGCUUGAAAUUGCAGAAUUUAACAUGGAAAGCAAUGGGGCUAUGCAUUAGUGGUUUUAUACCUAAAGCUUUGUCUACACUCACCUCUAUGAAACAUUGAUUUAAAAUGCAAUUUAGCAAAUGAAGUAUUUUUUUUUGUAUUUAUAAUUUGUUUUCUCAAUUACUUAUAAAAUGAAUGUCAGAGAACCAUUUUUGUACCUGUCAUAUAUGUUAUUUGUUAAUUCUAUUAAGUCAUUAUGAUUUUAUUGUAUAUCUGAUUGAUUAUGACGAUGAAAAAUCAAACCAAAACUUUUCUCAGAACCAAAAAGAUUGCAAGAAUCAAUUAAGUGCAGGAACACUUGUGAUGUGAACUAGUAAAAUGUGGCAUUUGCAUCUUAACAUUUUUAUUGUAUAAUUUAAUGUUAUCGUGUAAAUAUUUUCGAACCUUAAAUGUAUACAAUUAUAAACUUGCAAAGUUUUUUGUGAGGACAAUUUUUCGUAAUUUUUCAUGUUUCAUGUGGAAUGCCAUAUGACUUGUAGUGAUUAGUAUUUUCAUAAUGCCAAAAGAAAUUGUAAUAUGAACUUGGAAUAAAAAGAUUGAUCACAAAACACAAUUAUUACUUAAUAAAAAAAAUAACAUUCUCAAACCAAUUUAAUUCCAUUUUCCUAUUUAGAUUACAUGAGAAAACAUUUUACAUUAAUCUUAUAAUGUCAUGGCAUUCAUCUUUUGCAAAUCAAAAUAAUUCAAAAAAUUAAUUUACUAAUUUUAAAUGACAUUCCUUUUUAUCUUUUUACUAGAUGGUUAUUUAUAUAUAUAUUUUUAUAUUAACAACUUUAUACAAGUUAGAUUAAUAAACUGAAGCUGGUCUUCACAUUGAA